GAUUUGUUUCCUAACCUAGCAAUAUUGUUAUUGUACACAUUUUAUUUCGGUGAGGAGUUCGUUCUGAAAAAGUAUUGAAAAACAACUAAAACAUUGAGCAGUAAUUAAGAUUGGUUAGAAUUAAUUGCUUUUUUCUGCACGGUAGUAUCUCUAAAAUAUAAUGGGGUUUCGUUAUUACUGUGAUUACUGUGAUAAAGUGUUUAUUGAUGAUGUAGAAGCCAGAAAGAAACAUUUAAAUUGUGUUUAUCACUUGAAAAUGAAGAAAUUGCACUAUGCAUCAUUUAGAGAUUUAUCAGAAAUUCUAGCUGAAGAGUCAGUGAAAAUUCCAUGUAAUAGGUUUAAAACUGCAGGUUAUUGUCAAUUUGAAACAUCUUGCAAAUAUACUCACUAUACCCAGGAACAACUAUGGCAUAUUAAAGAGAUGAUUAUAUACGAACAGCAGAAAAAACUUUAUAAAACAUUUGAACAAACAAAAGUACCAAUGCCAGAAGAAUGGUUAGCAAACUAUGCACAAAAGAGAGAUGAAAGGAAUGAAAAUGUUGGUAAAGUAUUUUGGUCUUACCCCCAACAAUUAGAAAGUAGAUAUGAUUUGCCACCAUCUAUGAAGAAAUUUCAGCCAGAAUAUUUUCAAGAUUCAGAUUUUCCUGAAUGGGGACAACCUUCUAAGUAAAUAUAAAUUUAUCUGUAAAUAUGACGAAUAAAAACAAUACACAAUA